AAAAUGAGUUUGAUAACAAUUUCCUGUGUUUUUCACCUGCAACCAAACAUUCAUCAUAUCCUUUCCACCGUUUUCCUCUCAAACAAUUGGUUUCCUUGGCAACCAAACAUCCCUCAAAGGAAACCCAUCAGUUAACACAAACGCCUCUCAAACUUGCAUCAAACCACUACCUUACGGGGGGGAAAAAAAGAAGAAAGAAAGAAAACACUAAAAAAGUCACAAAAAUUAUAUACUUCUCUUCCCUCAAUCAAAAUCAACAUCUUUUAUGGUGGAUUUAGCUUAACGUACAACUCAAAUCUUCCUCUAUAUUCUCCCUCCCGUUUCAUGCGCUUAAACCUGGACUUUUCCUCUUUUUAACGAAUCAUAAAUCGUUUAAAACUCAGGAAGAAUCACUACAACUUCAGGCCUGGUUGUGAAUCAAUUAAUCUCAACUUUUUCGAUACGGAUUUCUGAGAAUCCAUUUUCUGAUUUUGGAAGAGAGAUUGGGAAAAAGGAUGAGUAGUGGGCAGAAAAAAAGGAAUUUUCAGAUAGAGGCGUUUAAGCACAAAGUGGUGGUGGAUCCCAAGUACGCAGAAAAGACUUGGAAGAUUUUAGAGCAUGCAAUUCACGAGAUUUAUAGUCACAACGCUAGUGGACUCAGCUUUGAAGAACUAUACAGAAAUGCUUACAAUAUGGUAUUACAUAAAUUCGGGGAGAAGCUUUAUUCAGGACUUGUGUCAACGAUGACGUUCCAUCUUCAGACGAUGUCCAAAUGUAUAGAAGAUGCCCAUGGUGGUUCGUUCCUGGAGGAGCUUAAUAUAAAAUGGAGUGAUCAUAAUAAAGCACUGCAGAUGAUCCGUGACAUUCUGAUGUACAUGGACAGAACUUUCAUCCCGAGCACCCAUAAAACUCCUGUUCAUGAGCUUGGGCUGAAUCUUUGGAGGGACAAUGUCAUUCAUUCUGACAAAAUCCAGACUAGGCUUCUGAACACGCUUCUUGAAUUGAUACUUAGGGAACGCACUGGUGAAGUUAUCAAUAGAGGGCUGAUGAGAAACAUAAUCAAAAUGCUAAUGGAUUUGGGACCUUCAGUCUACCAAGAAGAUUUUGAGAAACCAUUUCUGGAAGUUUCAGCUGAUUUCUAUAGAGCAGAAUCUCAGGAAUUCAUUGAGUGCAGUGACUGUGGGGACUACUUGAAGAAAGCUGAAAGGCGUCUAAAUGAAGAAAUAGAGAGGGUAUCGCAAUACUUGGAUGCAAAAAGUGAAUCAAAGAUAACUAAUGUCGUGGAGAAAGAGAUGAUAGCCAACCAUAUGCUUAGACUAGUUCACAUGGAGAAUUCGGGCUUGGUAAAGAUGCUUCUUGAUGAUAAGUUUGAAGACUUGGGAAGGAUGUAUAACUUAUUCCGCCGGGUUCCGAAUGGCCUCUCGACAAUUAGGGAUGUAAUGACAUCUCACAUCCGAGAUACAGGCAAACAGCUUGUUACCGAUCCUGAGAAAUCAAAGAAUCCGGUGGAGUUUGUGGAGUCCCUACUUGAGAAAAGAUAUAAGUAUGAUAAGAUUAUAAGCUUGGCAUUCAGCAACGAUAAGACCUUCCAGAAUGCCUUGAAUUCUUCUUUUGAAUAUUUUAUCAAUUUGAAUCCUAGAUCACCAGAGUAUAUAUCAUUGUUUGUGGAUGAUAAGCUGCGGAAAGGACUGAAGGGAGUGAAAGAAGAAGACAUUGAGACUAUUCUUGAUAAGGUGAUGAUGUUGUUCCGUUACCUCCAGGAGAAAGAUGUAUUUGAAAAAUAUUACAAACAACAUUUGGCAAAGCGACUCUUGUCGGGAAAAACGGUAUCUGAUGAUGCUGAGAGAAGUCUGAUUGUUAAGCUGAAGACUGAGUGUGGGUAUCAGUUUACUUCAAAACUAGAAGGCAUGUUUACAGACAUGAAAACAUCUCAGGACACAAUGCAAGGGUUCUAUGCAGCCUAUGGAUCUGAGCUAGGAAAUGGACCAACAUUAGUUGUCCAGGUUUUGACAACCGGCUCUUGGCCCACUCAAUCUAGCAUCACUUGUAACUUGCCAUCUGAAAUGUCGGCUCUGUGCGAGAAGUUCAGGUCAUACUACCUUGGCACCCAUACUGGUAGGAGACUAUCCUGGCAAACAAAUAUGGGCACAGCUGACCUGAGAGCAACCUUUGGAAAUGGCCAGAAGUAUGAGCUGAAUGUUUCAACUUAUCAGAUGUGUGUCCUCAUGCUGUUCAACAAUGCUGAUUGUCUUAGCUAUAGGGAGAUAGAGCAGGCCACUGAGAUUCCACCUUCUGAUUUGAAAAGGUGUCUGCAGUCUUUAGCUUGUGUAAAAGGGAAAAACGUGCUACGGAAAGAACCCAUGAGUAAGGAUAUUGGGGAGGAUGAUGCGUUUUCUGUAAAUGACAAGUUUACCAGCAAACUUCGCAAGGUCAAGAUUGGAACUGUAGUUGCACAAAAGGAAUCGGAGCCUGAAAAGCAAGAGACAAGACAGAGGGUGGAGGAGGACAGAAAACCCCAGAUUGAGGCUGCAAUUGUCAGAAUUAUGAAAUCCAGGAGGGUACUGGAUCAUAAUAAUAUCAUAGCUGAGGUCACAAAGCAAUUGCAAUCUCGGUUCCUGGCUAACCCUGGGGAGAUUAAGAAACGGAUUGAGUCCCUUAUUGAGCGAGAUUUCUUGGAAAGGGAUAAUGCAGACAGGCGAUUGUACCGUUAUCUGGCCUGAAGGAAAAAGAAUUCUAGCCGGUAACUUGUUUUUCAGGUUAGUUUUUGCAGUGGAAAUGUAACUUAUUGACAUUUGAAGACAUCAAUUUAAUUUCUGCCGAAUUGCAUUUGUUUUGAAUGAAUCUUCAUCUAUUGCUUCUUAGCUUUGGCCUGAGUGAUUCGCACUCGUGCAUAGGAUCAGGUUGUCAUUUACUUUUGUCAAAAUUUUAUUUUCAUUCUCAACAUCAACUCCAGCCUUGUUCUGA